ACCAUUGAAUUGAAUUAUGAAGCUGUUGUUGUUGAAUUGGAUUGAAGUUUUGGGAAUUUCUCUUCUUCUUUUUUUUAUUUUAUUUUAUUUUUUUUGUGGUAAGGUUGCAAAGUACAAGUCACAAGUCUUAAGUAACUUGAAGGGGAAGGCUCUUAAAAUCUUGGAGGUUGGGAUUGGAACAGGUCCUAACCUCAGUUAUUAUGCUAACGAUUCCGAUGUUCAUGUUGUUGGCAUUGAUCCUAACCCGAAGAUGGAGAAAUAUGCUCGGUCUUCGGCUAGAUUGGCUGGCUUACUGCUCUCAAACUUCGAGUUUUUUCAAGCUGUUGGGGAGGCUAUACCACUAAGUGAUGCUUCAGUGGAUGCAGUCGUUGGAACGCUUGUAUUGUGUUCUGUUAAAGAUGUUGAUUUGGCAUUAAAAGAAGUUAAGAGGGUGUUGCGACCUGGUGGAAAGUAUGUGUUUGUCGAACACGUGGCUGCAAAAGAUGGCACAACUCUCAAAAUUUUCCAACGACUUAUUGAUCCUCUGCAGCAGAUACUUGCAGAUGGGUGCCACCUUUCAAGAGAUACAGGAAACAGCAUAUACAAAGCUGGAUUUUCAAGUGUUGAGUUCAAGACAGCAUUUGUGUCUAACGCUUCAUUUAUAAACCCCCAUAUAUAUGGAAUAGCAUACAAGUAGCACUGAAAGGCACAACCUGCCCGGCUACAUGGCUUCGAUCAGGGACUGAAUCUUCCUCUUCCUCAACAUCUAUACCAAGCACAAAUUUCUGAAGUUAUACCAUGAAGUAUGUUUCGUAUCAAGUUUUUCCAGUUUCAAAAUAGUGAGGUGGAGGAGACACUUAUUUUGCGUCAUUUACAGCAUAAUAUAGGUUUCAACACUUAUUUUUUUCAUUUCAUCCAAGACUUGGAAGUUUGAGCCGACGUCCAUGGCACCAACGACGGGCUCCGAUACCAUUGUUAAGUAUCUAAGAAAAGUAGGAAACCACACCUUAAAAGCUAGCUGAUGAGUGGUUCUACAUCAAGCAUCCUAUACUACCCGAUAUGAGACUUUGAGCAUUCCAUAAUACCAAGUCCCUAACAGACACCUUUUGUUCCCCAACAAAGUCUUGCGUGCUUGGUUAAUAUGUUGUGUUGUCCACCUAUCUUCUUCUUCUUGCUAUAAAGCAUCUUUAAUGGCAUCAUUGUUAAACACAAAUUUGGCUAGUGUUGUUUUGCACAUA